UUUACUUCUACAUCCAUCGAUCUGAUCCAUACACGUAGUCUUGGAGAUCGAAAGAGAGAGAGGGGGAGAUGGAGAGAUUAGUUUUGGUCGGCAUGUUGUUCCUGGUGGUGAUAGGCAUGCCUAUAGGAGGGAAUGGGCAGAACCAAGACUCGUGGGUGAAAAGAGUUGAUACUGGUAAACAAGUGGUGACCACAAUGCAAUUCUACUUCCAUGAUAUCCUUAGCGGCUCCAACCCAAGUGCUAUCCAGGUCGCUCAGGCGUCAGGGAACAGAAACUCCCUUACAAACUUCGGCACCAUUAUGAUGGCGGAUGACGCGUUGACGGUGGGGCCUGAUCCGUCGUCGAAGGUAGUGGGACGUGCCCGCGGGCUGUACGGAUCCGCGGGGCAGACCGACCUGGGCCUCAUCAUGGCCAUGAGCUACACCUUCACCGACGGCGACUACGCCGGAAGCUCUUUCAGCCUUCUAAGCAUUAACCCGGCGAUGAACCCGGUCCGUGAAAUGGCUAUAGUGGGAGGUACCGGUCUCUUCCGUUUGGCACGCGGAUAUGCCAUCGCCAACACCGUUUCCCUUAAUCCCACCAAUGGGGAUGCUGUUGUUGGCUACAACGUUACUCUUUCUACCUACAUUUGAAUUCAAUAUCAGAUCAUCUUUAAUUAUUUCUUUAGUUUUGAUUUAUAUUGCUUCAAUUUAUUAGAUGGAUAGACAUUAUUAUUGUUGUUGUCUUAAUUUCUCACAUUAUAUUUUAGUUGGCUGCCUAGCUAUUUUUGUUGAAAAGACUGAUAAUUAAUUAAGCAGUAUAGUCCAGAUCA